AUGUCGCGAUCCGCGAGCCCUGAAACCGUCGUCGCCGCCGCCGCCGCCGCCGAUGCGCGCGACCCGGUCGACACACAACAGCAACAGGAGGAGCGUCCAUCAUCGCGACAGCCAUCAGAAGAGAAGAAUACGACUAGCCGAGAAGAAGAAGAAGAAGGAGAAGAAGAAGAGGGCGGCUCUAGCUCCGAAGAAGAAGGCGCCGCAUCUCCCGUCCACUCCAGCCGUCGACAGUCGGGCGCCGGGGGGGCGGACGACGCGCCACCGCUACCAGAGGAACCCGUACCGUCUGCCUCUGAAGCCCCUCCCCUGCCGCAGGAGGUACCGCCACCGGCCGCCGACGACGACGGCUGGGACUGCCAGUGGGACCCCUACGCGCAGUCGUGGUUCUUCCACAACCGCCUCACGGGGAGAUCCCAGUGGGAGAAUCCGCGAGUCCCCCCUGCCGCCGCCGCCGCCGCCGCCCCCAGCGAUGCCGCGGCGCCGCCUCUGCCUGCCGACAGCGCCGUGGCGGGUGGCUACAACCCCGCCAUACACGGCGAUUACGACCCCAACGCGUGGUAUGCAAAGGGCUACGCCAACCCCGAGGAGGAGGAAGGGUACGGUGGUGCGGAGACGGCAGGGCUGGUGGACGUGUACGCGUCGACGGCCCAGUUCAACCGCUUCAACGGGCAGUUUCAGACGGCCGACGCCGGUCCGGGCCGGCACACGGACGAGGCCAAGUCCCGCAGGCAGAUGAACGCCUUUUUCGAUGUGGACGCCGCCGCCAACGCGCACGACGGACGGAGCCUCAGGGCCGAGAGGUCGCAUCAGAAGCCGUCCAAGUCGGAGCUCAAGGCUUUCAAGGAGAAGAGGCGCGCCAGGAAGGAGGAGAAGAGGAGGGCGUGGCUGAGGGAUUGA